CGUCGUCGGCAGUCCAUGACUCCAUGCGCUCCAGCUCCACCCCUGCUGGUGCGAUUCGCCAAACCUUUUACCAAACCCAACAGCGACCAAUCCACUCCACGUCUCCACUCUCCACCCUCACCAGGCCACCACCACCACUGACGCCGCACCUCGCGCACGCGGCCAGGGCACCCCAGCCCCGAUGCGCGCCGCCGAGGCCACGCCGCCGCUGUGGGAUCCGAGGUAGCCAUGCACACGGUGAGCCCGCACGCGACCGUCACCGUCAACUGCACGGAGACCCCAUUCGACUGCCUCCCGCUCUGCCCCGGCGGCGCCAGAUGCUCCGACUACGCCUUGCCCCCGCCGCCCCCGAUCCCGGUGAUCCCCCGCGCGCCGGACGCCGACCGCCACGCGCCCGCGCGCCUCCUCCUCAUCGUCUCCCUGCUCUCCGUCUUCCUCUUCCUCUCGCUCGCCCUAUCCACGCUCCUCCUCUACCGCCGCCGCCGCCUCGUCCUGCGCCGCCGUCGCCGCGCGGCCGCAGCCGCCUCGGGAGGGGCGCUUCCCGGCGACGAUGAGUUCGGCGAUGGCGACGAGGAGGAGGGGGGCGGCAGGGGAAGGGUAGUGCACCACGUGUGGUACAUCCGCACGGUGGGGCUCGACGAGGCCACCAUCGCGUCCAUAGCCACCGUGGAGUACCGCGGUGGGGUGGGGCGGGGUGGGGACUGCGCGGUGUGCCUCGGCGAGUUCAGCGACGGGGAGCUGGUCCGACUCCUCCCGCGCUGCGCCCACCCGUUCCACGCGCCCUGCAUCGACACCUGGCUCCGCGCCCACGUCAACUGCCCGCUCUGCCGCUCCCCCGUUGCCGUUCCCGCCGAUCUCCCCGCCGCGGUCACGGAGGCUGAGGCAGAUGGCGCCCAACAGGAAGAGCGCGAAGUGGUUGAUGAAAUGUCGUUGUCGAAUUUGGAAUCGCAGGCAGAGGUUUCUGUGGACACCGAUGCCUCUUCAGACACUCAAAGUGAGGACACGGCAGCUGUAGCGGAUGAGAAUGGAAGGGUGACGCCCAUGGCAAUUCGGCGCUCGGCGUCCAUGGACUCGCCGUUGUUCCUCGUAGCUGUGCCUGAAGCUCAGGAUGAUGACGUGCAGUCUAAUUGCAAGUUGUCUAGUGGCCGAGAGAUGAGGUUCUUCAGGGUGGGGGAGAAGGAGGCAGCAGGGACAUCUUCAUCCUCUUGUCAGGCAGGCCGGUUUAAGAUUGGCAGGUCCAUGUCAAGCAGUGGUCUGGGAUUCUUCUUCUCACGGAAUGGCCGCUCCAGUGGCACCAUGCUGCGACUGUGAGUCGGCAUGAUUUUACUGUCAAGGGGGUGCAGCCUCAGCAAAGCCGGGAGCUGGUAGUGUGUCAGUGCCUGUUGAUAGAAAGUGUAAACUCGAGAGUUGAAGUAGCUCUCAAAGAAGAAAAUGUCCUUUGGGGUGUGUGAGUUGACAAGAGCAGUUGUUGGGAGAUAAUGAUUUCUUGAGUUGAUGCGCUGGUGUUAGCUUCCAAGUCCCAAGUUUCCUGUACCAUAGUUUCAAAACUUGGGUUGAGUGAAUUUUGGGGAAGAAGCUGAUGUUUGGCUUCUCCAUAUAUUUAUAUUAUGUAGCAAUUAUACAAGAAGGAAUGGACUAUCUGCCUACAUCAACGUCUAUUGGUCUCAAAAAGGAAUGGAGCUAAUGCACUAAAUCAAGAAUCUGUAGCUUGGGAGACCAAUACUUCCUGGUGGUAGGGUAUGAUAUUGUUAUUUGUCAUCUUUGUAUGGAUAGCAUUGAUCACAUAUUGAAUGCAAACUUAAACUAGUAA